UCUGUAAAGUUGCUAAAUGAAAAGUUUGUGGUUGCAGCGUUAAGUCACAGUUCAGUGUUCGGUUGUAAAAAACUGCUGCUGAAGCAGAUCAUAAAAACUGAUUUUAUGAAUUAAUUAGUAGAGGUUUUAAAUCCAAUUAAGUUUUAUUUGGAGCACUGCUAAAACUUAGAGGCAUGAAGUAUAAAACUACUGCAGGUUCUCAUGAUGUAAUCCAUACAGUGAGGAUGAGGCAUUGGUAUGCAUUAAAAGGUUCUGGUAGGAAACCCAUAUUUCUAAUAGGAAUAUGGAACCAGUGUGGAUUCUGUACAAGAAGAAUUCCCACAGAGGAUCAAUGUUGUGAGAAGGUGUGGUAAAGGAACUGCUCAUUUUGGUUCUUGGACUAAAACAGGCCACUGUGAACCGGAACCGUCCUGAAUGUCAAAGGAGAAUCUGGGCACACUCGAACAGACGGAGGAGGGAGCGCCGGCCGGGCAGGCAGUUUGUGGGAGGAGUAAUUCAGAAAAACACAGCUCUGCCCUCCAUCAUCUGCUCCUCCUCUUCCUCCUCCUCCGGGUGGAAACUGAUCUCCAGGCUCAGGAGCGGACAUUUGCGUGGAGCACCGCCGGGGAUCGGGACUGUUGCUGCCGUGGAGGUUGCUGAGGUCCGGCAUCGGCAUUCCAUCAGCUGAUUUCACAAAACGUAAUUUUCCUUCCUUUCCCCUUGAUUCUGCCACAACCCGUUGGUUUCCCCUCCCUCCCUCUGGUUCCGGUGAAAGAUUCUGCUGCUUUCUGAUCCCGGUGCUGGUUCUGUGAGACCCUGUGGAUUGAUUGAGAAGCGCUACUGCUGCUAACUUUGGAGCAGCCUGUCAGGAGGAGGAGGAGGAGGAGGAGGAGGAGGGACCGAGGAGAUCUGACACCGAGCACAGAGCUAUAUCUGUCCGCCGGACUGCUGCGGGCAGGGAGCCGCACACGGACGGCCACCGCAGGGAAGAGGAGGAUUUAUCCGAGAAAGGAAUUUGACGAUCUCCAAGGAGUUCAGUCAAAUGGGUCUCCCUAAGCUCUGAGGGACGCUCAGGGAAAGAGGAAGACCAGAGUCAAGCUGAGAAGGACUAAAACGGGCGGAGGAGAUGGGGCAGAAGUAGACGGCGGACGAGGAGAGAGACGGAGGUUUAAAAAGAGGGAUUUGGUCAAUCUGUUGCGGGUGCAUGCUCCCCUCUGAGACCCUCCCCAUCUUCUUGAACAUCCUUCAUUUUGCUGGUUUCUGCAUCACUGACAGGCAGACAAAAGGCCAAGAAUGUGCAAUAAAGGGGGUGUGGGCUGGCCCAGGACAAGCAGGGGCCUCACCGGGACUCUGCCCAGGACUAGAAUCUGGCUGCUGGGUUUGAUUUUUGCUGCGAUGGGUUGGAUGCCCCUGCCAGGCCGCGCCGAGGUGGAGAUCGACAUGCUGGGAGGAAUGGUGUUGCUGGAUGCAGGUGGAGAGGGCGAGGAGCUAGGCGGAGGUGGGAGCGAGUUGGAAGCCUCCAUGCACUCGUCGCUGCUUCAUGACUUCCAGGAAGUGACGGAGAGCCUCCGAGUCAUGGAUGCUGGGGACAUGCCGGGGGCUCGGCAGGAAACUGCAACGCCCACAGCUUUCCCAGACUCCUCAGCGGUGGUGGGCCGGAUUUUCCAGAUCAAGGUGUCAAACAAGAUGGAGGAUGUUUACCUGGGAGAUAUUGUCAAGGUGUCAGAGAUGGGAAAGGAUUCCCUGCCCGCCUGGUUGCACUGGGAUGUCGGCAGCAGAAUCCUGCGGGGACUUCCACUGGACCAGGAUAAAGGAGUCCACUACAUCUCUGUAACCAUCUCCAACCACACAAAGCCCUCCUCCUCUUCUUCAGAGGUGUUUUCCAUUGAGGUGCACCCUGAAGACCACUUUGAUGCAGACCCAUCCCAGUUGCUGUCCAACCAGGCAGCCAUUGAAGAUCACGUCCAGCCAUUCAUGUGCAGCAACGAGGAGCCCAUCACUGUGCUGACGGUGAUUCUGGAUGCUGAUUUAACAAAGAUGAGCUCAGAGCAGAGGGUGGAGCUUCUGGACAACAUGAGGAGCUUCUCAGGAGUGGAGCUCCAUUACAUGAAGAUGCUCCCUGUGGUCAACAACAAGCUGUUUGACAUGUCUGCAUUUAUGGCUGGACCAGGCAACGCCAAAAAGGUGGUGGAGAACGGGGUUCUUCUAUCAUGGAAGCUUGGCUGCUCAUUGGAACAGACCACUGUUCCAGAUAUCAAUAGUGUCCAGGGUCCAGCUAAAGAAGGUACAAUGUCUGCCAAGCUGGGAUACCCUGUGGUGGGAUGGCACAUUGCUAACAAGAAGCCACAUGUCCCAAAACGUGUGAGAAGGCAGCUAAACAACACUCCAACGCCUAUUCUGGCUGUACUUCCUCCAACGACAGCAGUGGAACCUCCAGUGAGGAUUGUCCCAACCCUCUCCUCUCCUUCUAUUGCUGCGCCAACACAGAGUUCUGCCCCUCCUGUGCGAGGCCCGGUCCCCCUUCCAGGAAAGCCUACAAUCAAAAUCCGUGACCCCAUUGCCCACACCCCAACCCUGGGGCCACCUCAACCAACAAAGGUAGUUGAGACUACCAGCACUGUUUCCAUUCAGCCAACCAUGACCAGGCCCACCUAUGUAGAAGCCACCGCCAUACCACCCAUGCCGCCUAAAAAGUCCACCAAGAAACCACCUAGAAGGCCCAAAACCACUCCAAUGACCUCUACAUCCAAAACACCAACAGUCAGUACGCCAUCACCUGGUGUACAUGAUCUAUCCAAUGAAAAACCAGUGCUGAGAAAUCCCAUCGAUCAGGUCAAUGCACUGGUGGGCACCUAUUUCGAGGUUAAAAUCCCUUCUGACACAUUCUUUGAUAAAGAGGAUGGAACAACAGACAAGCUGCGUCUUACUCUGAGACAUAACCACAACGAAGUGGUUGGAGAGGAAUCCUGGAUCCAAUUCAAUACCACCAGCCAGCUCCUGUAUGGCCUGCCUGAUGUUCAGCACAUUGGGAAACACGAGUAUUUCAUGCAGGCAACCGACAAAGGUGGACUUAAUGCCAUCGAUGCUUUUGAAGUUAGAGUAAAGCGCUGGCCGCUCAAUGACAAAACACCUGUCAUAUUCACAGCCCGCUUCAAUGGAGACCCGCGUUUAAUUACUAAUGACAUCCACAAGAAGAUCCUUCUGGUGAAGAAACUGGCGUAUGUACUGGGGGACCGCAACAGCAGCACAGUGAGUUUAAGGAAUAUCAGCAAAGGGUCGAUUGUGGUAGAAUGGACAAAUACCAGCCUCCCCCAGCACCCAUGUCCAAAAGAACAGCUCCGAAAUAUGAGCAGGACGCUCGGAGAUGCGGAUGGAAGACCCUCACAGAAAUUCACAAGUAAUAUGGGGCCCGAAUUCAUUCCCGAACGUGUAAAGGUUAGGGGCAAAGCAAGCUGCCGAACAUACUCCUUCAUCCCACCAGCAGAGAUUGAUAUCCCAGAACCUUCGAUGGUUACUCCAGGUCUUGGAUCAAGCCGGCACAGCACAGAUGAUGUCUACCUUCACACAGUCAUUCCUGCUGUGGUGGUGGCAGCCAUCUUGCUUAUCGCAGGGAUCAUUGCGAUGAUCUGCUACCGGAAGAAACGGCGAGGAAAGCUCACCAUUGAGGAUCAGGCCACCUUCAUCAAGAAGGGAGUGCCUAUCAUCUUCGCAGAUGAGCUUGAUGACUCCAAGCCUCCUCCCUCGUCCAGUAUGCCCUUGAUUCUCCAAGAAGAGAAGCCACCUCUGCCUCCCCCUGAAUACCCUAACAUGGCCAGUCCAGAGACCACUCCCCUUAACCAGGAGCUGCUGGGGGAGUACACAGCUCUGCAAGACGAGGACCCGAACGCACCUCCCUACCAGCCGCCACCUCCCUUCACCGCUCCCAUGGAGGGCAAGGGCUCUCGUCCAAAGAACAUGACUCCAUACAGAUCUCCACCCCCCUAUGUGCCCCCCUAAGACUUGUUGCCCCUCCACUGAGAGGGUGGAGGGAAGAUCCAGGAGCUGAGCUGGUUUCUGCUGUUUCUGUCUGGACUUUUACAGGAAGAGAUGUCAAGAUGUGCUGAAGUUCCAAAACAACAGUGGACUAUGGUUUAGGUGGGGGUUUGGGAUGUUGGAAUUGCUUUGAGGGACUACUGUGUCUAUGGUAGCCCAUGUUCUGCAAUGGCUGAACACGUCUCAUCACUGGGCUUUGGUUCAACCCAGCUGCUCAGAAGAAACACCUGGGAGAGCUGCUCUCCCAUCUCAGCAUUGGAUUUUUUCUUAGAUUUGAAUACUGGGUUGUACUUUAUUUUUUUAUUUUUUCCAAUAACUCAUUUUCUUUUUCACUGGACUGUAGUGUUGCCUAACAACCUUUGUUGUGUCCUGAUUUUAAACAACAAGAAAAGAUAUUAAACUGUCACUAGACCGUUGCUGGCAGACAUGUCUUCUAAAAACGGUGUCAGGUUCUCCUCCAAAUCUGAGGAUCUCGGAUCUCCCCCGCAGACGAUGCAAAAGAAGCGCAGGCCGAGCUGUGCACGGCUGAUCGAGUGUGUGUGUUGAUUUUAAUUCAUAACGGUUUGCCUUUUAACAUUAUUUAUCUCUUUUUAUCCUUAUUCACAAUGUCUAGUAAAGCUGAGAAUAACAAGGUAGCCUAAAAAGAUGUAGAGAUGAGUAAUAAUUUGUUCUAUUGGUUUUUAUAUUCACUGUAUAUGUGGAAGACAUCAUUUUAUUUUGGAAUAAAGAAUUGGGAAAGACAGAAAUAUCUUCCUAAAUACUUGGAGAAAAAUCUUUUGUUCCUGUUUUUCUACAAGAUGAAUCGGCUUCAACCUUUUCUCCAAUCAACUGAUUUAGACACAACAAAUAAAAACUGGUCUAGGUGGGUUCAGCGGCAGAACUUCUGACCCCUUACAUCUAAACCUUAAAAUUAAACCCAGUUUGAUGACAUUGCAACACCCAUGGUAAUAAAGCCACAAUAACCAUGGAAUACUAUGGAAUGCCGUGUUAAUCACCGUUGAUCCCAAAUGGGCUAGACACCAGGCGGUGUAUAAAAAUAUACAUUUGUGAGAGAAAGUCAUCCUCUUGUAGUUUUCUAAAUUAUAAAGAAAGGUUUCCUAACUAAUAAUUAAAUAAAUAACCAGGUAUCUAAUCUAACUGUUGGAGUGGUCCAAACAGGAGACGAGAGUUAGAACUGUCCUACUGGAUUGUAGUGGCCUUUCAGUCACUAAACAUGUUUAGAAUAAUAGAAAAUAGGUUAUGUUUUUUUUACCAUUAACUAGUAUCCACCAUGUCCUUCCUUAGCAUGGAUUAGGCUAGAAUAUACUAGCUUUGCAGUUGGGAACUAUUGAUUCUGGAAUCUUUAAACUCUUUAGAAACUGAGAUAUUUCCAUCUUUGGUCUCUAAUUGAAUUCAUUUCCACUGACAGAAAAACAGACAACGGAUUUUAAAUCCAUUUUUAUCUGGUGCCAGCAGCAUGCUACCUAAUAAUACACUUCAUGGGAAAAAAAUAUUUAAGGAAAAAGAAAGAAUAAUACAAUUUCAAUAAAAUUUGGUCCACUUAAAGUAGAUGAUUGGAUAAGGUGUUGACGUUGACACAGUAACAGCUAGUAACUGGAGCAUCCAGCAGUGAUUCAGUUGAGUGAAGGUUAGCAGACACAGAAGAUGCCUCCUAGCCACUGAUGAGCUUUGACAAGAUCACAUUAUGCAGUUCCCCCUAAAAGGUUGGGUAUACCUGUUAUAACAAAGUCCAAGUUGACCCGUGUGGUUGUCCUGUUCCGAUAUGUUUCAGCACUGGACCACUGUCUUACAUGAGGCACGAUAAAACCCACGCUGUGACCCUUAUGAGACUCCAUCAGGUGCUGGUGAUGCUGUACAUUGCUUCUACAAGGCAUGCUCUGUGCCUGCCUGACUCAGACGCUCUGGUAACUGCCUCACAGCCCUGCUGCUCCACUCAUGAUGCCACAUCCGAUGUUCCCUGGUGUUCAUUAUAGCUGAGCCUGUUACUUUGGUUACAGUCCUAUCACUGGUCUGCAUGUGGACCCAGUCAUCAAACUGGAUGAUCCCUGCUGGGUUCUUAACAGUGACUGUGUCAAUAUUGGUUGAAAUGGUAUUCCAUAGAAUUCCAGUAUAACGGGACAAACCUGAAAAUGUUCUUUAAACCAGGGAUAGUUAUUUUUUCUAUCUGCCACUGGGACCCUCCCAGAAUUUAACCUAAUUUUUCUGGAUUUUCCAGAUACACCGGAGAUGAUUGUGGCUGAGAUUCAGGAAAGGGAGAACACUGAGUUUCCAACCAGUUGCUCCCAGAAAAAAAGUCUAAACUUUUUUUUUUUACUUUUUGAUACAGCCUCAAAUUGUUUAUUAAAAUGCUUUCAAUUGAUGAUUAGUUUCCUGUGAUUUUUAAAGUUUUAGCUUUAGUUCAUUCAUGUCUGUUAUUUACACGUUAUUUCUUGUCAUGGGUCACAUUUAUCAUCGGAUUUUUUUUGGUGUGUUUGCGUCUCUAAUGUAUCUUCUAAACACAAAGAUGGAAGGACCCAUGUGUUAUGUUUUAGUUAUCCAUCCUUCUGUCUGAGUUUGAACUGAAAGUGACCCUUUGCAAUAACGGUGUAUGGCGCAGUCUGUGAAAUGACUGCUCCAUGCAGCCUCACGCGAGUGACUCAUGAUGUUGGUUUUCGCAGGAUGCCAAGGCUUUUUUUUGCUUAUCAAGUGUGCAUUGUAAUAAUAAAACCAACCGGUACCUUAAUCAAA